UGCUUUCGUAGCGUUCAACCACAAUAGUCAUGUCCCUCAAGGACAUUGGAAAGUACGAUGUAUCUGAAGAAGCGCAAGCUCUCAAAGAUAAAUUAGCAAGCCAAGACACUGAGAAUGCAGGCCUGCGAAGCCGCCUAAUGAAGAGAGAGGCCGAGCUAGAGGAGAUAAAGGUAUCGUUAAAUGAAACAUUGUACAAGCUCAGCGCCGAGGCUGACCGUGCUCUCAGGCUUGAAAGUGAUCUCGCACGGCGCUCAGAAGAACUCAAGACCGAGAAAGUGGCUUCCAGGAAUGGGGAAACUACACUUCUUUCUGCGCAGGAUAGACUGAAAGCUGAAGAACGAGCAGUACGAGAGCUCGAGGCAACACUCGACACCAUGUCUUGUCAAUCUGAGUCACUCAGGACUCAGAAUUCCAAACUGGAGACAGAGAAGCGAAAUAUGGAGUCUCGCGUGCGUGAGCUAGAGAGGAUGUUGGAAAAUACAAAACCCCAGCCAACAGCUAGUUCUCGAUUGCCGCAGCGAAGUGGGAGGCCUCGGUCUUCAUCUGUGUCUAGUUUCAGAUCACCGGCAUUGGAACAAGAGCUCAACGAUAUGAAGGUUCUCCUAGCAGAUAAAGAGAAGACCUUGCGCGACAUGGAAAUGAAACUCACUCGAGCUCAGGAUGAUCUUGUCAAGACGCAAAAUACGCAAUUUUCUGUGGAGAAGACUAUGCAGGCCCGUAUCGCGGAACUCGCAUCAGCAAUAGAAGACAAGGAUGAAGAGCUGGAGGUGCUGAAAUCAGGUCAGGGCGCGGGGAACGCGAUGGAGAGGGAGGAAGAGUUGUUGAAGAGGAUUGACGAAGAUGAAGUGAAGAUGAAGACAUUGGAGAGUCUCUUACGCGAGAAGCAGAGUGGACCCACGCAGGCGGCGUAUGAUAAGCUGCAAAGAAAGCUACGUGCUGAGUCAGAGAAGCUCGCCUGCUCAGAGAAGAGAGCGCGAGACCUCAUGGAGGAGAAAAAGGAAGCACAAGACACAUGUACCAAUAUACGUCAGGAGCUAGACAGAACGGAUCGGCUGCUCCAGGACAGCAAGGAGCGUAUUAGAGCUCUGACGGUCAUUGAGAGCGGAUUAAAACAAGAGCUUAUGGACCUCCGGAGCAAUGAAGAGUCAACGCGACGUUCGUCCGCCAUCGAUCAGGAUCAUAUGGAUAUCGAUGUUGAAGACAUCCGAUCCAACUUCGACGGCAGCUUCUUAUACCCAAAUUGCUCUACUCCGUUGCCUCCGACGAGGACCAAUGGUUCUGAUCACCCUGGUGAAGCAGCGCUGGCCAAUUACAUUGAAACAUUGCUCAGCGCUGUAGACAGAAUACGAAGCGAGCGAGAUGACCUACGACGCACCCUCGAAUUCUCUCAGACCGAGGCUCGAAUCACACUGCAGACUUUGGAGAAGCGCAUCCACACGCUCACCAAGGAGGCGAAUGAGGCCUCAGUCCACAAUCAGCAGAGCAAGCGUCUUGUCCUUUGCAUCACAGCCCUGGGCGUUGUUGUGAAUCAUCUACGCAGUCGCCUGCAUGCUGCCGAGCAAAAUCAAGUCCUUGAGCACUCCAAAUUAGUCACAGAACGAGAUGCCACGUUACGAGACCUUCAAAGCAAGUUCGAGGCCUCGUGCCAGCAGUUGGCUGUAUCGGAAGAGUCGCGUAACCACCUGCUCCUACUGGUCACAACGCUGGAAGCCAAAGUCCAAUCUCUGACUGCCGAAGUACAGGCAGCGGAGUCAUCUCACGAGGAUACCCGAGAUGCGCUCCAGCAAGCAGAGGAACAACUAGCUGACUUUACAAGAGCAUACCAGAACCUCGAAUCCGAACGUAAUUCACUCAGCCUCCAAGUCACGAAUCUCCAAACAGACUUGGAGGCUGCGCAUGAAGAAUUAACAAGCGCUCAUAACCGCUAUAGCGCUCUUCAAGCGCAACAGUUAUCAACUAUGUCAACAACUGGGGUAGCUCACGCGCUUCGUGAACAGAUACAGGAACUUGAAGGUCGUGUCAACCGCCGCACGGAGCAGAUCGGUGUUCACCAACAUGACAUUCGCCGCCUAGAGACCAACCUCAAACUCCAGGAGGAACGGAUUUCCGAGAUGAUGUCGGAGCUGGAGACGAUGUCGGCGCAGAAGGAGGCAAUGGUCGAAGACUGUGCAGAAGCUAGAGAUGCUCGCGACCAAGCUAUCGGCAACCUCGAGGCAGCAGAGCUCGAGAUGGAAAAGUUGCAGGAGGAGAACGACAAUCUCAAAGUCGCCCAGGGUGAUGAGCUAUCCUCUAUGGUAGCCAUCGUCGCCAAAGCGAUGUCGAAUGCUCGCCGUGCCCAAAGCAUGGUUGACCAGCACCUCGCCAACGAACCGCAGGUGUUAUCCAAGAUAGCUGUCCUUGAGGCCCAUAACUCGAAGCUCUCUGAAGAUAUAAGAGUGCUUGCUGGCGAGAAAGAAGUGCUUAUUCGAGACUUGGCAGAGAGCGUCGCAUCACUGAGUUGUCUUGAAACCCUCCGGACUGAAGAACAUACCAAAAUGGAUCAGCUGGUGGUCUCACUCGCGACUGUGCGCGAGGAACUGAGCAACAGUGACUGCAAAUUGGAAAAGUCAUGUCAAGACGUUGCAGCGUUACAAGCCCAACUUUCAUCUUUCCGCUGCGCACUCGAAGACAAAGCCGCCACUUUAGAAGUUCGCGAUGAAAGGUUGGCCAUACUUGAGCAAAAACUCGCCGAGAUAUCCAAUGAGUCAGCCGCUGCUUCGACUCGUCGCAUUUCAGAAUAUGAAGAACAGCUGCAGUCAUUACACGACGAACUUGAUGAGCUCCACACCCGCCAUCAGAUCACUUGCGAAUCCUUGGCUAGAGCUCAGGACGACCUUCAAGAACGCAUCCAGGCAACGCAAGCUGGCGAGAGUGACACCGAGCUACAGGAUUUGCAUGCUGUCGAGGUCGGUGACUUGCAAGAGCGCCUUGAACACACGAGCCAAGAGCUUUCACAAGCUACACAGCGUUUGCAAAGUGCCGACCUUCGCUUUGCAGAAGUGCAGCAAUGCAAUCAAGAAUUGAAGGACCACAUUGCAGCUCUCACGGAUGAUGCCCAGAGAAGAGCCGUGACGGAGGAUUCUCUACGUGUCACACAUGUUGAAGAACUUGACAUUCUACAGAAGACGCUUUCCAACACCCAGAACGAUCUCGCUGCUGCCAACGAGGAAUGCCAGCAUCUUGCGAGCCUCGUGGAACAGUCAGCUAGCGAACUCAAACUAGCAAAGCAAGCCCACAUCGACGCUCUGCGACAAGCAGAGGAAGAGCUUCGCGAAUUGCAGGACGAUCGGGUGGAGAAAGUUGGAGUUCUCGAAGCCAAUGAAAGAGAUCUUCAAAACUUCCGUAUUAGUCUUGACGAACGAUCCCGGGAGCUGGAUUUACUGCGCACACAAUUACAGAAUGAAAUUGCCAGUCGCAAGCAAGAUCAAGCAGCCUUCAAUGACCAGCUCUCUUCUCAUGCAGAUCGUCAAGCCAAAUUUGAUGCUCUUGAAGUAGAAAUUCGACAAGCCAAUGAAGCCACGCGCUGCCAACUGGAGCAGGCUGAAGCUGAGUUAUCAAGUUUGCAGGCAGAGAAACAAUCGCUGCAGGUAGAAACUACCAGCUUGGAAGCAGAAAUUCAGCGCUCGAUGUCGUUAACAAGAUAUUUGGAGCAACAAGUACGGGAGAGUGAAAUAUCCAAUUCCUCCCUCAAGGAGACCCUCGAACAGGUGCAGCUUCGACUGGCUCAGUCUGAAAAGGCAGGCAAAGCGGCUGAACUCAGCCUUGCACUUCAAACAACACAACAUGAGAAGGCAAUGACAUCCCUCCGAUGGGAGUUGGACGCGGUCCGUUCGGAACCAAAAGUUCAUGACAUCAUCGCUGAAUUGGAAGAGAAAACUCGCGAAAUGGAUCAGCUACUGCAAAGCAAGUGUGCUGAAAUUGAAGACUAUGACGAUCGGAUAUUGGAAGCUUUGAAGGCGAACAAAAAAUUGUCAACGAAAGUGGAAUCUCUGACACGCAAGGUGCAGAACCUCCAAAGCAAACUUGCUUCUGCCAAAGAGUCUGGGCAAACCCCACCGGCCAGCCUCGCUGCACCGUCUGUGCAAACAGUGCCGCCGCCGCCGCCCAUUGUCCCUCUUGUGCCUCCAGUGCCUGUAAUCACAGAUACUAAACCAAUCCUGGGGCGAGAUCGAACCGUCUCAAACACCCUAGCAGUAUCGGGAUCACAAACACCAGAGAGGAAACCUAUGCAGUCAGGUAUGACGCAAACUGGAGAAACACCUGAAGAGGAGGUACCGAUAUCUGCAGGAAAGAAGAGGCGUGCACCAGAACAUGAUGACAGGGACUCUGUUCCACCCGAGGGCCGUUAUACAAGUGACUCAGAUAUGCAGGUAGCCACUACGCCACGUCUCCGGAGAACAUUACACCCAAGCCGAUCCGGAUUUACGCCAAAACGCUCUGCCAGAAUCGUAACUAGUGUGCCUUCACCAGGAAGACGAGCCACGACUACUAUCUCAGACGUGACGAACAGUCCUCGGUCCACGUCUGACCCUCAAACCUCUAGACAUUCGUCUAAACGGACCUGGUUGGGGAAGAUCAGAGGUGGAGUGCCGCAAUCCAAUAAUCCAGGUGGCAGAGUUGUAUCCUCGCGAGUGAAUGUGUUUGAGAAGAUGCCAGAUAUUCCGCGAUCGUCAUGACGGACUCCCUCUGUUCCCUAGCGUUGUAGCAUCUACCUUUGCCUACUUGUGUAUUUCUAGUUAGUAUCCCUACAUUGCAUUGAAGAGUGGUCCGAGUCACAAGCACUCUAGCCAAGCGCUAUUAUGUUUAUUCAUCUCCUUUCGCACCGACUGAUGCAA